CGGAGCUGGCCUCAGUGAGGAGGACCCAGGGGCUGGAUCUCAGAUACAAGCUUCUAAUUACCCGGCGCAGGCCCCACGCAGAGCCUGGCUGGGACAUCGGUGCGGGCUCCGCUCCAGGAUCUGGGACAGCCCUAUAGUCUUCGGUCUCCGCCCCUCCACUCCGCCCUGGCCACGUGGUGGGCGGCCCCGGGCGGUUUUGAGAUUGCGACCUCGGUGGACCCUGAGUUCCGGCCACAGUCUCAAGAGGGCCCUGAGAGAGGAGAACGCAGGACUGAGACCUGAAGAGAGCAAGCCAGCAAGCGGCGCCAUGACCACCAAGGGUCCUGACUCUGAGCACCCCUCCGUGACGCUCUUCCGCCAGUACCUGCGCAUCUGCACUGUGCAGCCCAAUCCAGACUAUGGAGGCGCCAUCACCUUCCUUGAGGAGAGAGCGCGCCAGCUGGGUCUGAGCUGUCAGAAAAUAGAGGUGGUGCCUGGCUAUGUGAUCACUGUGCUGACCUGGCCAGGCACCAACCCGUCACUCCCCUCUAUCUUGCUAAACUCCCACACAGAUGUGGUACCUGUCUUCAAGGAACAUUGGCAUCACGACCCCUUUGAAGCCUUCAAGGAUUCCGAGGGCUACAUCUAUGCUAGGGGCGCCCAGGACAUGAAGAGUGUUAGCAUCCAGUACCUGGAGGCUGUGAGGAGGCUGAAGAGCGAGGGCCACCGCUUCCCUCGAACCAUCCAUAUGACCUUUGUGCCUGACGAGGAGGUCGGAGGUCACAAGGGGAUGGAGUUGUUUGUGAAGAGGCCUGAGUUCCAGGCUCUGCGGGCAGGCUUUGCUCUGGAUGAGGGCCUGGCGAACCCCACUGAUGCCUUCACCGUCUUUUAUAGUGAGCGGAGUCCUUGGUGGGUACGGGUGACCAGCACUGGGAAGCCAGGCCAUGCCUCACGCUUCAUUGAGGAUACAGCAGCAGAGAAGUUGCAUAAGGUUAUAAGCUCCAUCUUGGCAUUCCGGGAGAAGGAAAGGCAGAGGCUGCAGGCAAACCCUCACCUGAAGGAAGGGGCUGUGACUUCGGUGAAUCUGACUAAGCUUGAAGGUGGUGUGGCCUAUAAUGUCGUACCUGCUACUAUGAGUGCCAGCUUUGACUUCCGAGUGGCACCAGAUGUAGACAUGAAGGCCUUCGAGAAGCAGCUGCAGAGUUGGUGCCAGGAAGCGGGAGAGGGGGUCACCUUUGAGUUUGCUCAGAAGUUUACAGAGCCUCGAAUGACACCCACUGAUGAAUCAGAUCCCUGGUGGGCAGCUUUCAGCGGGGCCUGCAAAGAAAUGAACCUCAAGCUGGAGCCAGAGAUCUUUCCUGCUGCCACUGACAGCCGUUAUAUCCGAGCGGUGGGGAUCCCAGCUCUGGGCUUCUCGCCCAUGAACCGCACACCCGUGCUGCUACAUGACCAUAAUGAACGGCUGCAUGAGGCCGUGUUUCUACGUGGGGUUGACAUAUAUACACGCCUACUCUCCGCACUUGCCAGUGUGCCCGCUCUACCUGGUGAAAGCUGAGCCCUGGGGCUUCCAACUCUUGUAGCUCUCAGCCCUACCAUUGCCAAGGAUGUUUCCCUUGCCCAGUAAUAAAGCCAAUGUGAGAUGGUAUGUUUUUUAUA